AAUGAAGUAAGGAAGUGUGAUUCAAUAACACUGCAAACAUUUUUAUAAGGCAUUAACAGGAUGAUAACAGAAGUGAUAUCACUAACUGACAGAAGUUGGAAGUUGUGAACCACUGAACUCCAACCAAGUGACCGAAUAAUUAACACGUUCGCUAAAAAAAUCUGACGGACCUGAGUUCGAUCCCCAGUUCGAUAGCCGGUGCGUACUGCUGAGGAGUCCCAUACUAGGACAAAACAGCUGUUCAGUGCUUCGAAGUCUUCAAUGGUUCUAUAGCUGAUGUCAGUUCAUGAUGAAUGUUACGCCAAAUCAGAUUAACUGCUUAUUCUUGCUAUAAAUUUGCCGGGUUAACAAGUGGUUUCCCUGUCCCACAAGUUGUUUUAAUGUGCAAUGGUGAACCGAUAAAUCAAGAAAUCAAACUAAAACCAGUUAUCAAGGGUAAUAUUCUCGAAUUACAGCUAGAUGAUGCUGCAAGAGCUGAUAGUGGCAAAUAUGAAUUGAAACUGAAAAACGAACUUGGUGAAGCGUCUGUUCCACUUGAACUUAAUGUCCUCGAUCGUCCUGGAAAACCUCGUGGACCAUUGGAGUUAACAAGUUUGUCAGCCAAACAGUGUGUACUUGAGUGGGGUGAACCAGAAGAUGAUGGAGGCUCACCAAUUAAGCAUUACGUCGUUGAAAAAAUGGAUGUCGCUGACGGUAAAUGGAAGCUGGUGAAAAAUGUUAAGACGCCAAAAUGUGACGUUGACUUGGAAGAAGGCCACAAGUACAAAUUUCGUGUACGUGCUGUUAACAAUGAGGGUGAAAGUGAUAAUUUAGAAGUUGAGAAGGAAACAUUGGCCAGAGAUGUUUGCGAUCCACCAGAUUCACCCACAGGACUAGAGAUAGAAGAUUGGGAUCGUGAUCAUGCAAAUUUGAAAUGGCUUCCACCACGACGUGAUAAUGGAGCACCAAUUACAAAGUAUAUUGUUGAAGCAAAAACUAAAACUAAAAAUAAAUGGGAAACAGUUAAAGAAGUCUCUGAUCCAAAAGCCAAAGUCGAUUUGAAAGAAGGUGAAGAAUACGAAUUCCGUGUAAUUGCAGUUAAUAAAGCUGGAAAAUCCGAACCUAGUCAAGCUAGUAAAGCAUUAAUAGCCAAACCACGCUUUCUGAAACCAUUCAUCGUUAAAACUGGUAUCAAACCGAUAAAAGUUAAAGUUGGUGAAGUUGUUCAAUUAAAACUGGAUUAUCGUGGGGAACCGGAUCCUGUGGCUGUCUGGUCUAAAGAAUCAACUCCUCUUGAAUCGACACCAGAAAUUGAACUGAUCUUUGAAUCAAGAACAGCUCAUUUGAAGAUAGUAUCAACUCAACGCAAAGAUACCGCUCUUUAUACGCUUCGAGUUAGUAAUGAAGUUGGAGAAGAUCAAGCUAGUAUUGAGGUUGUUGCACUUGGAAAGCCAUCUCGUCCAGUUGGCCCAUUAGAAAUUACGGAUGUCACGAAAAAUUCUGCUCAGCUAAGUUGGAAGAAACCAGAAGACGACGGUGGCACACCUAUCACACAUUAUAAAGUUGAAAAGAUGAAUGUUAAUAAAGGUCGUUGGGAACCCGUGGGUGAAGUGACCAGAGGAUUAACAAUUACCGCUAGCAAACUGGAAGAGGGUCAGCCAUAUAAAUUCCGGGUAACUGCCGUUUCUAAUCAAGGAGACAGUGAACCGCUUGAAAGUGAAGCAGAAACGGUUGCUAAAAAUCCGUUUGAGAAACCUGGUGCACCUGAAAAGCCAAAGAUUGCUGACUAUGAUCGUACUCACAUAGAUAUAGAAUGGGAACCACCGGAGGACGAUGGAGGAGCACCUAUAAAAGGCUACCAUGUAGAACGCAGGGAACCAAGAUCACAACGUUGGAUGCGACUGACGCGUGUUCCUCAACCUGAUCUCACAUUCUCAGAUUCUGGAGUUCGUGAAGGAAAAGAAUAUGAAUACCGAGUGAUAGCCGUCAAUGAAGCUGGGUUAGGAGAGCCGAGUCCUCCAACUGACUUACAGUUUGCUAAAGCUAGUCGAGAACCACCUAAACUGAAGUUAAGUGAAUUACCAUUGGGUUUGAAAAAAGAAAUACGAUUACGAGCUGGUGAACCAUUACACAUGUCGAUCCCAAUCACUGGUGCUCCUACACCUACAAUAACAUGGUCAAAGGACAACAAACCAAUCCCAACACAUUGCCAACUUAAAAAUUCAGAAGAAAACACUUGCUUAGACGUAACAAGAUCUGUUCGUGGGGAUUCUGGUCUGUAUAAAAUCAAUUUAGUUAACCAGUACGGUCAAGAUGAAGGAGUUGUAAAUGUUAUCGUAAUGGACAAAGCUUCUGCACCAAGAGAUGUAGAAGCGAUCGAUGUAUUCGCAGAAACGUGUAAAGUAACUUGGAAACCUCCGGAGGACGAUGGUGGGACACCAAUAACAGAUUAUUUGGUCGAACGAUGUGAUGAAACAGGCAUCUGGGAAAAAGUACCUGGAUUGGUUUUAGACAAUUCAAUCAAUAUCAAGAAUUUAAUAAAGGGAAAACAGUAUCGCUUUCGUGUAUUCGCUGUGAAUUUGAUGGGAAAUAGCGAACCAGGGGAAACCAAAAAGGCAAUACUUGCUAAAAAUCCUUACGACCCUCCUGGUGCACCGGAAAAUUUGAACAUUGAUGAAUUCGAUAAGCGUUCCGUAAAACUAUCCUGGAAACCUCCGGCUGAUGAUGGCGGCAAUCCAAUUAAAGGUUACCUGAUUGAGAAAAGAACACCUCGGGGAGAAUGGCGUAAAGCAACUACAUCGCUUGUCCAGGAUACAGAGGCAACAAUUACUGGAGUCGAUGAAGGUCAGACAUACGAGUUUCGUGUUAGUGCUGUUAAUGAUGCCGGACCCGGUAAACCAUCCAAGACAACUCAACCACAUUUAGUUAGAGAUCCAACAUAUCCACCUGGCUCACCUGAAGGAUUGAAUGUAGACAAGGUUAACAAAAAUGGUGUAAAACUUUCUUGGAAUAAACCUCGACGUGAUGGUGGUGCUCCAAUUACUGGUUACAUUGUCGAAAAGAAGGGUGAUAAUGAUGAGUGGAUCCCUGUUCAAAAUACAGCUAAUCCGAAUGCAUUCAUUCCGAUGAAAGAAGGUGAGACAGGACAAUUUAGAGUUCGUGCAGUUAACUCAGAAGGACCAGGAGAGCCGACUAAGCCAACAGCUGUAAUCACUGCUGUAGAUCCACCUGAACCUCCACGACUGUGUACACCUGAAGAAGGCGUUGGAGGUCCCGGUUCAGGAGUUGGUGGGCUGAAAGAUAUUACUCUGAAAGCUGGUCAAGAAUUAUUACUAGCAGCUGCCUGGUUUGGAAAUCCUAAGCCUACUGCCAUAUGGACGCAGAAUGAAAAAGCUGUCAAACCAGAUGGCAAACAUAUUCAAAUCACCGAUGAACCACCACCACCACCACCUGCUAAUCCUGGACCUGGUGGAGCAUUAGAACAAUCAGCUGGUGGCACGGCUGUUCUUCGAAUUCCAAAAGCUCGACGGAGUGAUGGCGGCAGCUAUGAACUAACACUGAUGAAUGAUCUGGGACAAGUGAAAACAUCCUGUCAUGUUGAAGUAUUAGAUAUCCCCGGACCUCCAGAAGGACCUCUGGAAGCUACUGAUGUUAAUGCAGAAGAAAUUUCACUCAAAUGGAAACCACCAUCCGAUGAUGGAGGGCAACCGAUUACGAAUUAUAUUCUGGAAAAACGACCCAAAGGAAGUGAAGCUUGGCAGAAAGUAAGCGCUUUUUUGAAUUCGCCAAAUGCAACUGUUCGUAAUUUAGAACUUGGACAAGAGUAUGAAUUUAGAGUGAUGGCUGAAAAUGCAAUGGGUAUCAGUGAACCACUUUUAACAACAAAACCAAUUAAGGCAAGACAUCCUUAUGAUCCACCUUCAGGUAUGAAGAAACCCGUUGUUGAAACCACAACAGAUGAUUCAGUAACCUUGUCUUGGGAACCUCCAUUGAAGGGUCCAACUACAGGUUAUAUUGUUGAAAAGCGACCCAAAGGUUCUAGAGAAUGGACAAAGGCAAAUACAGGCAAUGUUACUGGUACUGAGUAUACAGUAAAAGGUUUACCAAAAGGGAAAGAAUUUGAAUUUCGUGUCGUACCAUACAAUUUGGCUGGUCCUGGUGAACCAAGUGAACCGACAGAUCUAGUAAAAGUCCAGUUCCCAACAACUCCGCCUAAAAUAGGCCGAGAUGUACCACGUGAAGUAACUGCUCGUAUCGGAGACCCAUUUAAAAUUCAUAUACCUUUUACUGGAAGUCCACCAGAUAAAGUUGAAGUCACAAAGAAUGGAAUUCCAGUACCUCUUGAAGGUGGCCGUUUCAAAGUGGAAAUAACUCCAGACGAAGUGAUUAUCACAGAUACAGAAGCAGAAAAAGGUGAUGCAGGCAUAUAUAAAAUAGAUCUCGAAAAUGAGAAGGGCCGGGAUUCAGUGCCGAUUGCAGUCAAAGUUGUAGGACCACCUGAACCUCCUCAAGGACCAUUGGAAAUCAGUCACAUCAAAAGCAGUUCUUGUUCAUUGAGUUGGAAUCCACCAACAGAUAACGGCGGAAGUCCUAUAACAAAUUAUGUUGUCGAAAGACAAAAUACCAAAACAGGAGAUUGGAUUACAGUGAAUUCAUUUGUUCGUACACCGAAUUGUGAUGUAACUGGUCUAGACGAAGGUAAUAUGUAUCGUUUCCGUGUACGUGCAGCUAAUGAAUUCGGUGUAAGUGAGCCAUUAGAUGCAGAUAAAGCAAUUAUUGCAGAAAAUCCUUCUACUGUACCCGGAGCUCCUGGAAAUCUUACACCAACUGAUGUAGAUGCAGACAAGGUAACUCUAGAAUGGACUAAACCGAAAUCAGAUGGAGGACGUCGUAUAAUGGGCUAUGUAAUUGAAUACAAACCUGUAAAUUCCGAUGAAUGGCGUACAGCUCCAGAAGGAUUAGUCAAGGGUAAUUCUACAACAGUUGAUGGACUGAAAAAAGGAGAGAAAUAUGUAUUUCGUGUUAGAGCCAAAAAUGAAGUCGGCCUUAGUGAACCAUGUACAGCUAAUAGACCAGUUGAGUGUAAACCGAAAUUCACCACAGCCGAUAGUCCAGGCACGCCUAAUGUUGAAGAUGUUGGAAAGAAUUUUGUUGAUUUAACAUGGUCAAAGCCAACCAAAGACGGUGGUGCUCGUAUCACUGGAUAUUUAGUAGAGAAGCGUAAAAAGUUCACUACAGACUGGGAACCUGCUACAGCCGAUGGAAAACCGGUUACAAAUAAUCAAGCACAUAUUGAUGGUCUUGAUGAAAAUAAUGAAUAUGAAUUCCGUGUGAGCGCUGUAAAUGCUGCAGGAGUUGGUGAACCAAGUCAGCCUACAGAAUUAACUAAAAUAUGUCCUAAAAGAGAUAAACCACAACCACCAACAGAUGUUAUGGCUAAAGAUGUGUAUGCAGAUAAUUGUGUACUAGUAUGGAACGCACCAGAAUCAGAUGGAGGAUGUCCAAUUAUAGAUUACAUUGUUGAAAAAUGUGAUGCAACUACUGAGAUAUGGGAACGUGUCCCAACCGUAGUCACUGGUACAAGCUGUCCAGUAAAAGGUUUAAUCGAAGGUAAACGAUAUCGUUUUCGUGUAUCAGCAGUGAAUACUAUGGGACCGAGUGAACCAGCAGAAACGAAUACAGCAAUUACAGCCAAAAAUCCAUUUGAUUCUCCUGAUUCACCAGAGGAUGUAAAAGUCGAGUCUUUCGACAGCCAUGGAGUUACUUUGACAUGGAAUCCACCGGAAAAUGAUGGAGGAAAUCCAAUUCAAGGCUACCUAAUCGAAAAACGUACACCAAAUGGAGAAUGGAAACCAGCAACAGUAGGAUUAGUUCAUGGUACAGAAGCUAAAGUAAUGGGUUUAGAGAAGGGUCAAACUUACGAAUUCCGUGUUAGUGCAGUGAAUGAUGCUGGACCAGGACGUCCAUCAAAAGCAACAUUACCUCAAGUUAUCAAAGAUCCUACAUAUCCUCCAAGUUCACCAGAAUCACUUAAUGUGGAUAAAGUCAACAAGAAUGGAGUGAAAUUAUCAUGGCAAAAACCAAGAAAAGAUGGUGGAAGUAAAAUCACCGGUUAUCAAGUUGAAAAGAAAGAUGAGAAUGGUGAUUGGGUUCCUGUGAAACAGACUACUGAACCGUGUGCAUUUAUUCCAAUGAAAGAAGGUGAGACUGGACAAUUUCGUGUACGUGCAGUGAAUGAUGAGGGUCCGGGUGAACCGACUCGUCCUACUGCUCCUGUGACAGCUGGUGACCAACCUGAAGCACCGAGAAUAUGUACACCUGAUGAUUGUGUUGGUGGUUUGGGCAGUGGAGUUGGAGGUCUCAAAGAUGUUAAGCUGAAGGCUGGUCAAGAGUUAAAACUCCCUGUUGCAUGGUUUGGCCAUCCAAAGCCCACAUUUGUUUGGAGUCAAAACGACAAACCUAUAAAUGUUGAUGGUAAACGGGUCACUGAAAUAAAUCGGUCUUUACCACCACCAGCAAAUCCUGGUCCCGGCGGACCUCUUGAAAUGUCUCCUGGAGGUACAGUAAUCUUAUCAGUUGGAAAAGUUCGUCGAGCUGAUACAGGCCGUUAUCAGUUAACACUUAUUAACGAUCAAGGUCGAACGACCACAUCUUGUCAAGUAGAAGUAAUCGAUGUGCCAUGUCCACCGGGUGGACCACUAGAAGCCACAGAUGUCAAAGCAGAUGAAAUAACAUUAAGAUGGAAGGCACCAGAAGAUGAUGGUGGUGAACCAAUUACUAACUACGUCUUACAAAAGAGACGUAAAGGUGCAGAUGAUUGGGAGAAGGUCAGUGGAUUCUUAAAUUCACCCAGUGCGACAGUUCGAAAUUUGGAAGAGGGAACAGAAUACGAGUUCCGUGUAAUGGCUGAAAAUGCUAUGGGUUUAAGUGAACCUUUAGUGACUAGUCAACCGAUUAAAGCUAAACAUCCUUUCAAUCCUCCAUCGGGUAUGCAGAAACCAACUGUUGAGGACACAACAGAUGACUCAGUUACUUUAGCAUGGGAACCUCCACGUAAAGGUCCAGUUACAGGAUAUAUUGUGGAGAAAAAAGCGAAAGGAGAUAAAAAUUGGUCUAAAGCCAAUGCCGCACCUAUAACUGGUACAGUGAAUGCUGCUGGACAAGGUGAACCGAGUGAACCGACUAAAUUUGUUAAAGUUCAGAAACCAUUGACUAUACCAAAGAUAAGUAUUGAUGCGCCAAAAGAAAUCAACGCUCGCCUGGGUGAACCAUUCAAAAUUCGAAUUCCUUUCACUGGUGGACCACCUGAAGAAGUUGAAUUGGCUAAGGAUGGAAAACCUGUCCCUCUGGAUACAAACCGUUUCAAACUUGAAAUAACUCCUGAUGAAGUCAUUAUAACAGAUACAAAAGCUGAAAAAGAAGAUGCUGGACAAUAUAAAGUUGCACUGAAAAAUGAAAAAGGUGAAGUUUCACACCCACUUACAGUAAAAAUUCUAAGUCCACCUGAUUCUCCUGAAGGUCCUUUGGAAGUUAGUGACAUCAAAGGGGAAUCGUGUAAAUUAACAUGGAAUCCACCAAAGAAUAAUGGAGGAUGUCCCAUAACAAAUUAUAUUGUGGAGAAGUUAGAGCCAAGAACUGGAGAAUGGUUACCUAUUAGUAAAUUUGUUCGAUCCCCAGAAUAUGAAGUCACUGGCUUGGAAGCUGGCAACAAUUAUAGAUUUCGUGUACGAGCUGAAAAUGAACUUGGCGUUAGUGAGCCACUUGAAACACAACGUUCAAUAUUGGCGGAGGAACCAAGUACUGUACCAGAUGCUCCAAAUAACCUAUCAGUAGCUGAUGUUGAUGCUAACAGUGUAACCCUAGAAUGGACUAAACCUCGUAACGAUGGUGGAAAAAGAAUAAAUGGAUAUUGGGAACAUGCUGCAACUGUCAAAGAAACAACUGGCACUGUCGACGGUCUAAAGAAGGGAGAGAAAUAUAUGUUCCGUGUCUCAGCUAGAAAUGAAGUGGGCGUUAGUCAGCCUUGCUCAACCAAUCGUGCAGUGGAGUGCAAGCCAAAACAUACUACAGCCGACAGCCCAGGUAGACCAAAUGUGGAUGACGUUGGAAAGAAAUCAAUCGACUUAUCGUGGUCUCGACCAGUUAAAGAUGGUGGAGCCAGAGUGACGGGAUAUAUUGUCGAGAAACGUAAGAAGAAUUCAUCAGACUGGGAACCUGCUGUCCCAGGAAAUACACCUGUAACCGGAACACAAGCGCAUAUCGACGGACUGGAUGAGAAUGGUGAAUAUGAAUUCAGAGUCAGACCAGUGAACGCAGCUGGAGUUGGUGAACCCAGUGAACCAACUGCAAUGACUAAAAUUGGGCCAAAGAAAGAUAAACCCAGCUCACCUGAAGAUGUUGAGAUCACUGAUCUUACAGCUGAAAGCUGCAAACUAGUUUGGAAGCCUCCAACUAAAGACGGCGGUGCCCCAAUCACUGAUUACAUCGUAGAGAAAUGCGAUGCAGCAACAGGAAUCUGGGAGAAAGUUCCAGCUAUAAUUGUUGGGACAUCUUGCCCUAUAAAAGGUUUGGUUGAAGGAAAACGUUAUAGAUUUCGAGUAUCUGCUGUUAAUCCACUGGGUCAGAGUGAACCUGCUGAGUUGUUGAACGCUGUGACAGCCAAAAAUCCUUUCGAUGCUCCUGAUUCACCUGAGAAUUUGAAUAUGGAUGCAUUCGAUAAACACUCUGUGGAUCUUUCAUGGACUCCUCCAAAACACGAUGGUGGUAAUCCUAUCAAAGGGUACCUAGUUGAAAAGCGUACACCUAAAGGAGAGUGGAAACCGGCAACAACAGGAUUGGUCACUGGUCCUUCUGCUCAUCUAACAGGUCUUGAACCAGGUGAAACAUAUGAGUUCCGUGUAAGUGCUGUGAAUGAUGGUGGACCAGGGCGUCCGUCUAGAGCAACAGCACCUCAUGUUAUGAAAGACCCUAGUUAUCCUGCUGCACCACCUGAGUCUUUGAAUGUGGAUAAAGUCAACAAGAAUGGAGUGAAAUUAUCAUGGCAAAAACCAAGAAAAGAUGGUGGAAGUAAAAUCACCGGUUAUCAAGUUGAAAAGAAAGAUGAGAAUGGUGAUUGGGUUCCUGUGAAACAGACUACUGAACCGUGUGCAUUUAUUCCAAUGAAAGAAGGUGAGACUGGACAAUUUCGUGUACGUGCAGUGAAUGAUGAGGGUCCGGGUGAACCGACUCGUCCUACUGCUCCUGUGACAGCUGGUGACCAACCUGAAGCACCGAGAAUAUGUACACCUGAUGAUUGUGUUGGUGGUUUGGGCAGUGGUGUUGGUGGUUUGAAAGAUAUUUCUGUGAAAGCUGGACAAGAAUUAAAAUUACCAGUGGCUUGGUUUGGUCACCCGAAACCCACAUUUACUUGGACGCUGAAUGGUGAACCUGUGAAAGUUGAUGGAGUUCGCGUUACACAGAAAGAUCAACCCUUACCACCUCCUGCUCAUCCUGGACCUGGAGGACAUUUGGAGCUUUCACCUGGUGGUGUUACUGUGCUCGUUGUACCUAAUGUGAAGCGAAGUGAUCACGGAAGAUAUCAAUUAACAGUCGCAAAUGAUUUGGGCCAAGCAAGUACUUCAUGUCAAGUAGAAGUAUUGGAUGCUCCGUCUGCACCAGGUGGACCACUUGAAGCAACUGACGUUAGUGCAAAUGAAAUAACUUUGAGUUGGAAACCACCAGGGGAUGAUGGUGGACAACCGAUCACUAAUUAUAUACUUGAGAAACGUCCCAAAGGUUCAGACAGUUGGCAGAAAGUUAGUGGAUUCUUGAAGUCUCCGAAUGCCACUGUCAGAAAUCUUCAAGAGGGUACAGAGUAUGAAUUCCGAGUCAUGGCUGAAAAUCCACUUGGAGUCAGUGAACCGUUAGUUACAACUCAACCCAUUAAAGCGAAACAUCCAUUUGACCCACCUUCAGGAAUGUCUCAACCAACAGUUGAAAAUGUUACAGAUGACUCGGUAACAUUAUCGUGGGAACCACCAAGAAAAGGUCCGGUCACUGGUUAUACCAUAGAAAAACGUGGCAAAGGAGAUCGCAACUGGUCAAAGGUAAAUGUACAUCCAUUAUCAGCUACUGAGCAUACAAUCAGAGGUUUACCUGAGGGCAAAGAAUUUGAAUUUCGUGUUGUUCCAUUCAAUGCUGCUGGUCCAGGUGAACCUAGUGAACCGACAAAGUUGGUCAAAGUUCAGAAACCUAAAGCCGCUCCUAAAAUCGGUCCUGAUGCACCCAGACAAGUCAACGUCACCAAGGGUGAACCAUUUAAAAUUCGUAUCCCAUAUACUGGAAGUCCACCAGAUGUUGUUGAAGCUAAUAGGGAUGGUGUGCCAGUCAUCUUAGACGAUGGUCGAUUCGUUUUAACCAUUACACCUGAUGAAGUCAUUAUUGUUGGCAAGAAAGGUGAUACACAAGAUGAAGGAGCAUAUAAAAUUACACUGAAAAAUGAUAAAGGUCAAGAUACCUUGCCGAUAAAGAUCAAUGUUUUUGGACCACCUGAUAGUCCACAAGGACCGCUUGAAGUGAAAAAUAUCAAGGCUGAUUCAUGCACACUAUCAUGGAAACAACCUAAGGAAACUGGUGGCUGUCCAGUAACCCACUAUGUAGUAGAAAAACAAGACCAAAGUACUGGAGAAUGGACACCAGUUAGCAAAUUUGUACGUGGUACAGAAUAUGAUGUUCUUGGUUUAGAUGAGGGUAAAAAGCAUAAAUUCCGCGUUCGAGCUGCAAAUGAAUAUGGUCUCAGUGAACCACUUGAACUGGAUCAUACUAUUACUACAGAAAAUCCAUCAACUGAACCUGGAGCACCAGGAAGUAUUGAAGUGGCUGAUGUUGAUGCCAAUUCAGUGACAUUGGAAUGGUCAAAACCAAAAUCUGACGGUGGCAGUAAAAUAAAUGGUUAUGUGAUUGAGUAUAGACCAGUAAAUGGUGGGAACUGGGAGAAAGCACCAACAGGACCCAUUAAAGGAAAUAGUGCGACAGUAACUGGUCUUUCACCUGGUGAAAAGUAUGUAUUCCGUGUUCUAGCCAAGAAUGAUGUUGGUACUAGUGAACCAAGUUCGGCAACACGUCCAGUUGAAUGUAAACCAAAAUACGUACCGGCAGGUAGUCCUGGUGAACCUAACGUUGAUGGGGUUGGUAAGAAUUGGAUCGAUUUGUCCUGGUCUCGACCAACCAAAGAUGGUGGUGCUCGAAUUACUGGGUACGUUGUUGAGAAGCGUAAAAAGGAUUCUCCUGAUUGGGAACCCGCAACGUCAGAUGGGAAACCUAUCACUAGUAAUUAUGUUCAUCUCGACAAUCUUGAUGAAGGAGAUAUGUAUCAAUUCCGUGUUAGAGCUGUUACUGCUGCUGGACCAGGUGAACUAAGCAACUCAACUCCUAUGAUCAGAAUUGAAGACAAAAAAUCUACUGCCAUACCUGAUUUUGUUACGAAAAUCCGUCCUACAUCUGCACCAAUUGGAGGUACAGCUGGAUUUGAGGUACAAGUUGAUGGUCAGCCGCUUCCUUCCGUACGGUGGUUUAGAGAUGGCAUUGAACUUUUACCAAGUAAUCGUAUUAAAAUCAAACAACCGGGUCCUGAUGGAAAAGCCACUCUAGAAAUAAAAGAUCUUGACGAAAAAGAUGGUGGGACAAUUACAUGCCAAGUAUCAAAUCCUUCUGGUAGAAAUUCAUGCUCAGCUCCAUUUGAAGUAUUAGGAAUACCUAAAGUACUAGGUGAUAUCAAUGAUAAAGUGGCUUCAGAAGGUGAUCUUAUUAAAAUCAAAGUUCCUUAUUCUGGUCGAGGUUCAAUUACACUCAAACUAAAGUGUAAUGGUCGGGAAGUACCGGAAUCCGAUCGAGUUAAAUUAAUGGAUCUUGAUGGGACAGCUUCUAUUCAAUUAAAAGACGUAACAAGAAAUAUGGGUGGAAAUUAUAGUUUGGAAAUAGGAAAUGAAAGUGGUUUUACUUCGGUACCAUUCAAUAUAAAAAUAACAUCUCCUCCAGGAGAAUGUCAAGGUCCAAUCGUUGUUUCAGAUACAACACCCUUCAGUACACGAUUAACAUGGAAGCCACCAAAAGAUGAUGGAGGAUCUAAAAUCACUCACUAUAUUAUUGAACGUCAAGAAGUUGGCAAAGAUCGUUGGAUCCCAGUAUCAUCUGGUUGUAAAGAACCUACUUGCGAAGUACAAGGUCUGCAGGAAAAUGCGCAUUAUUUGUUCCGUGUUACCGCUGUAAAUGACUGUGGCCAGGGAGAUUGGUUACAAGUGCCUAAUGAAGUGAUUGCCAAAUAUCCGUUCGACAAGCCUGGGAAACCAGGACAAUUAAUUGCUAACGAAGUUGGCGGAGAUUUUGUUAAUCUUUCAUGGACAAGACCUUCAACAGACGGUGGUGGUCGUAUUCGUGGUUAUGUUGUUGAAAAACGUGAAGUUGGUGCACAGAACUGGUCACGGAUCACUCCGAAUCCUAUACUUACACUUAGUUAUAAUGUUCCUAAUUUAAUUGAAGAUAAAACUUAUGAGUUUCGUGUUAUGGCUGUCAAUGAUGCGGGUGAAAGUGAACCGAGUGUGAUCGAUCGACCCGUAUGUGUUAAAGAUCCUAAAGCUGUUUCUCGGCCCACUUUUGUCAGUGGUCUUAAACCUCAACUUGUGAAUGAAGGUCGUGAUGCUGUGUUCGAAGUUGAAGUUGACUGUUCAUCAAAUUAUGAUAUUAUAUGGUCGAAAGGUCCUCAUGAUCUAGUUGAAUCACAUCGUAUCGAAAUGACGAAAGAAGGACGUGUACAUUUCUUGACAAUUCGCAACUGUGGUCUUGAAGAUGCUGAAGAGUACAGUGUUAAAGUUUCAAAUCGAGGUGGCUCCAAAGUCAGUCGAGCUCCUUUGUCUGUCAAAUCAAAACCACAAAUACACUUGCCAAGUCGUUGGCAAGAACCUACUGAAUGGGAACGUGGUGAUUCAAUCGCAAUCAAAGUACCAUUUACAGGAUUCCCUAAACCGAAGGCCAGAUGGACACUAAAUGGAAAGGAUAUAAAAGAAGGAAAGAACGUCAACACCGUUUUAAAAGAUCGUUAUGCCAUAAUCAAUUUAGAAAAUGUAGGUGAAGAAUUUUCUGGAAAAUUAGAAAUAACACUGGAGAACGAAAUGGGAUCGGAUGCAGCUACUAUUGAAUUACGAAUAAACGACCGGCCACCACCUCCAAUUAAUUUGAAGGUGGAAGGAGUAGCUGAUGGAUCAGCCCUGUUGUCUUGGAGUAUGCCUGUUGGGACUGGCUAUAUUUCUCAAUAUAUCAUCGAAAGAUGUGAAAUGCCCGGUGAUACAUGGAUAAGAGCCGGUACCAACCGUUUCUCUAGUUACAACUGUGAGGGACUUGUAAAUGGGAAAGAAUAUCGUUUCCGUGUAAUGGCGGAAAACUUACAUGGUCGCAGUGAUCCCUGCCAGCCUACUGAAAGUCAUCUGAUAGCUCCAGAUGCUCGUCAGCGUGGUGCUCGUCGUGAACGUGGAGAAGGUCGUAGUGAUUACAAUGGGCCACCAAUUGAUAACUAUGAUCGAUUUCAUCGAAAUAUUUGGGACAAACAAAUACCCCUACCAACACAAGUACACAAAGGUGAAAGCGUAUAUGAUUAUUAUGAUAUCUUAGAAGAACUUGGAGUUGGAACAUUUGGUGCUGUUCAUCGAUGUCAAGAGAAGGCAACUGGUAAUUUCUAUGCAUGUAAAUUUGUGGAUACUGAUUCAUCACAGGACAAGCAAGUGGUUCUAAAUGAAAUUGAAGUCAUGAAGGAGUUACAUCAUCCAAAAUUGCUUAAUCUACGGGAAGCAUUCGAUGAUAAAAAUGAUGUCGAACUUGUCAUUGAAUUGCUUACUGGUGGUGAACUCUUUGAUCGGUUAGCAGAUGAAAGCUUCACAAUGUCUGAGGCUGAUGCUAUCAAUUAUAUUCGACAAGUAUGUGAAGGCAUACAACACAUGCAUGAUAUGAAUAUUAUACAUUUGGACAUUAAGCCCGAAGAUUUGAUGUGUGAAACAUCGAAAUCGAAGGAUAUAAAGAUUGUAGACUUUGGUUUAUCAAAGAAAUUAGACCCCAAAGUACCAGUCAAAGUGAGCCUUUCACAUCCAGAAUUCGCUGCACCCGAAAUUACACGUUCUGAACCGGUUGGUUUCUACACAGAUAUGUGGGCCAUAGGAGUUUUAGCUUAUAUACUUCUGAGUGGCUCACUACCUUUUUCUGGAAGUAGCCCAGAGGAAAUAAUAGAGAAAAUUGGUAGAGGACAAUUCACAUUCGAUCAAGAUGCAUUUAGUGGAAUUUCAGCCAAUGGCAAAGAUUUUAUCAGUAAACUUUUACAAAAGCAGCCAAAUCAACGUAUGACUAUUUAUGAAGCUUUGAAGCAUCCUUGGCUUAAUGAAGUAGCCACAGAUGAACAGCGUCGACGUAUUCCAGCUUCACGCUAUAAAGAAUGCCAACGACAAAUGCAUGAACGAAUGGGAGAUAUAUGGCAGAGAAGUCCAGCUAUCGGUCAUUUGGCAAAUUAUUCAUCUAUACGUCAAAAUCGACGAGAGAAGUAUCGUAUACAGGAAACUAACUUUGAUCGAAAAGAAGCUGGACCACGUUUUGUCAAAUGGCCUAGUAACCAACUAGUUGUAGAAGGUCAAAAUGCUCAGUUCGACUGUCGUGUUAUGGCUGUUUCCGAACCGAUUGUAACAUGGCAUUUUGGUGAUACUCAAUUAACUCAAAGUGUAAAACAUAUGCAGCGAUAUGCUGGUCAUGAUUAUUCCUUAAAAAUUAAUCGUGUACGAGUGGAUGAUGGAGGACAUUAUACUGUACGUGCUGAAAAUAGCUUCGGUAGACGUGAAUUCCCUGUUUUGCUAACAGUUCAACCACUUCAAGAAAUCAUAAUCGAACCUCUGCCUCCAAAACCACGCAAGAAAGUUGAAACACCACCCGUUGAGAUGUUCCAUGAAGAAGAGACACCACCACGUUUUGCCUUCCACUUACGAAAUCGUUAUAUUCAAGAAGGUGGGAGUGUUAAGCUUACAUGCUCUGUGGAUGGCAACCCUACACCAGAUAUCAAAUGGUUUAAGAAUGGUAAAGAAAUAAGAAAGGGUGAAGGAAAUUAUGAAAUUCAACAUAUGCUUGGAAUCACCUCUCUUGAAAUAUAUUCCUGUUCAGAAAGUGACUCUGGACGAUAUUCUUGUCGUGCAACAAAUAGUCGUGGAGAGGAUGAAACUGACUGUAAAGUUAUUGUUGAAGCAAAUCGUGUUAGACGAUUCUUGAGUGCUCAACAUGCAGACAGAAAAAUUCGUUCCAGUAGCCAACAACCAACUGGUUUUGAAUCCCGAACAUAUAAUUCUUCAUGGCGAGAUGAAAGCAGCAAGUUGACACGACUUACUGAACGGCAUGCAUCAGAAGUACGGGAGGUCAGCGAUUCACGUGAGAGAUGGUCAAUUAAUGAACAGAGAGGACUACGUGAACUCGUGGAACAUAGGACUUCAAAUGGAGACAUUCAACCAAUUCGAGUUGUUGCACCGAAGUUACUAAAAGAGUUAGAUCCUAAUACGAAAGUCAAUUUAGGCGAAGGUUUCAAGCUUGAAACGCGUUUUGAAGCAACUAAAUCUCCGAAUAAAGUUCAGUGGCUUCACAAUAAUGAGGAGAUCACUUCAAAUGCUUACAUGAAGAUCACAACAUCUGAAGAUGGUGGAUAUAGUUGUCUUGAAGUAUUUCAGUCUCGUACAGAAGAUGCAGGAGAUUAUGAAGUCAGAGUUGGGACCACUGUUACUCGUACAAGUGUUAAAAUUGAAGAUUCCUUUAAUUCGUUAAAUGGAUUGGUAGAUAAAGUUGAAGAUGACGUUUCAGACGACGUUUCUAGUCAAGCUGGCGAUCAAGUAAUAAAUGAAAAUGGUAAUGCAAUGAAAGCAACGGAUAGUGGAAUACCACCAUCCUUUAAAGUUCAUCCACUCAGUCAAACUGUCAAAGAUGGUGAUACAAUUUGCUUGGAGUGUACUGUGUCAGGAGAUCCCAUUCCAGAGGCUGAAUGGUACUACAAUGAUGGUCCAAUUCAAGCUGGACAUAUAUUUUCUCAGGAUAAUGAAGUUAUUAAACUUGAGUUACAAGCAUUAUUACCAGAAGAUACUGGAACAUAUGAAUGUCGUGCUACCAGCUCUUUAGGCAAAGCGUCUACAGUUGCCUACCUGGUUGUUGAAGCUGCAGACGAUACAAAAGGCCCUAAAUUUCUUACUUUUCCUCAGUCACGCAAUGCAAAAGAGAAUGAGUCUGUCACACUGAAGUGUUCUUUUGGUAAUUCGCCAGUCAGUAAAGUUUCGUGGUUUCGUAAUAAUACUCCAUUGGAUUCUAAACAUUUUGAUUUGGAUGUAUCUGCUCAAACAAGUAUAUGCAAGAUUCAGUCAGUGAAAGCAUCAAAAGAUUCAGGACUUUAUUCAGUGGAAAUCAAAGAUACUGAUGUCAGGAAGAUGACAAACUGA